GACCUUUCUGAAGAGUUUCCCGUAUAAAGGAAUGCAUCAAAAAGUGAUACCUUGUUAAGCUCCAUGGCGAAUUGGCGUAGCUUUUUCUGUUAGGAUAUAACGUAUAUAUACUGACCGCUCUGCAAACUCUUAUUAGCUUGCAGCAAAUUUAAAAAUGAAGUGUUUGGGUCUGCUUUUCUUGGCAGUGUCAGUGGCCGGCCGCUUUACGGAUGACUUGUACAAACUUUUGGGCAAAGAAAAUGGAGACAAGAAUCUUAUAUGCUCCCCCCUUUCCGUCGAAAUCGCCAUGAGCAUGGUCUACAUGGCAGCUGAGGGAAAUACAGCCGCAGAACUGAGGAAAGUCCUGAAACUGCCCGCCGAUAAGAAGGAAGUGUCCAAAAAAUACAAGGAGCUUUUGACAGGUCUCGAAGGGCGUGAAAAGGUGGCCAUCCUUGAUUUGGCUAACCGCUUGUACGUCAACAAUAAGUUCCAGCUGGUUCCGGAGUACAAUCAGGUGGUCAGGGACUCCUUUAAGGCCGAAGCGGAGGCUAUAAGCAUGGCAAAUCCAGGCAAUGCAGCUUCCAUUAUCAACAAGUGGGUCAACGAUCAGACGAGUGGCAGGAUAAAAAAUAUAAUCUCAUCCACUGAUAUAACCUCGGAUCUCGUAGUUGUACUCCUGAAUGCUAUUUACUUUAAGGGCCAGUGGAAGUACAAGUUCGACCCAAAAAUUACACAGAAAGCCGAUUUCCAAGUUACACAAAAAAAUCGCCUUCCUGUCGAGAUGAUGUCACAAACUGGCGCAUUUAGGGCGGCAGAUUUAAAAUCUUUAGAUGCCAAAGUGAUUGAGCUUCCUUACCGGAAUUCAAGCCUAUCAAUGCUUAUAUUUUUACCCAACAAAGUCGAUGGUCUGCAGGAAUUGGAGAGCAAAAUCGCCGGCUUUUCCGGGCCCUUACAAGAAUUGAGAGUGAGAUUGAAGCUGCCCAAGUUCAAAAUCGAAUUUUCUGCAGACCUAAUCAAAUUUCUUGAAAAGAUGGGCAUACGAGAGGCAUUCAGCAACUCAGCAAAAUUAAGCGGCCUGGUAUCAAAACCAGCGGUUAAGAUCGGUAAAGUUUUUCAAAAGGCCUUCAUAGAGGUCAAUGAAGAGGGGGCCGAGGCAGCGGCUGUAACAGCUUUAAAGAUUAUUAUAAGGAAAGGUCCAUCGCCUGACAUGGAAUUUAUUGCCGAUCAUCCAUUUGCCUACGUCAUUCGAGAUGAAAACACCAUUUACUUUCAGGGACACUUUGUAAAGCCAGGGAAAUGAAAUAUAUAAAAAGUAUAAAAUUCCUAA